AUGGCCACCACCAACGAGGCUGUAUUGCCAGAACAGCAACCCCAGCAGGUUCGCGACGCAGAGGAGGAUCAUGCGGCGGAACAAUUUGAAGAUGACGAUAUUGACGACUUGUUCGAUGACGACGACGACGAAAUACUGAAUGACACGAGCAUCCCAGACGACCACAAGCCCAAAACGAACCCACAGAAGCCUUCGGCAAACACAAACGCCUCCAUCGACGAUCAAGUCGCCUCGCUCGCCAAGCAUGCAAGCAAAAUCAGACUCACCGGGCGCAUGACGGGCGCAUCUGGAGGCAAUGCAAGGGACAAGGACAAGGCCGACCGUGCGACAACGGAGCAGGUACUGGAUCGAAGGACGCAGAUGAUUCUGUUGCAGCUCAUCAACCGCGGCGCAAUUUCUGAACUUCACGGAGUCAUCUCCACUGGUAAAGAAGCCAACGUCUACCAUGCCAUUUCAGAGCCGUCGGAAGAAGGCGCGAGCCCCGCCCACCGCGCCGUCAAGGUUUACAAGACUUCGAUUCUUGUGUUCAAGGACCGUGCAAAGUAUGUCGAGGGCGAGUACCGAUUCAGGCAGGGAUACAACAAGAGCAACAACCGCGCCAUGGUGAGGAUGUGGGCGGACAAGGAGCGCAGGAACUUGGCCAGAAUCCACGAUGCGGGCAUCCCCUCGCCCGAAGUCUUUGCCCUGCGCAACCACGUUCUGGUCAUGGGCUUUGUGGGCGACCGAAAAGGCAAGGCUGCGCCGCGACUAAAAGACGUACGCUUUGAAGGCUUGACCACCGAAGAGGAGGAUGCCAAGUGGACAGAGCUGUACGUGCAGAUGAUGGCCUACAUGCGGAUUCUCUAUCAGACAUGCCGCCUUGUGCAUGCCGAUCUGAGUGAGUACAACGUCCUGUACCACGAGGGCAAGCAGUGGAUGAUCGACGUCUCGCAAGCCGUUGAGCAUGAUCACCCACGCUCGCUCGAGUUCCUGCGCAUGGAUGUCAAGAAUGUAUCGGACUUUUUCCGCUCGCGCAACGUCGAGACGCUCAGUGAGCGCAAAGCCUAUGCAUUUGUCACUGGUGCAACAGGCCCAAAAGACAUCAAGGAUUUGCCGCAGAUUGAAGAGACGGUCCGCGGCUUACUGAGCACCCGGCCUCUGACCGAAGAAGAGAGGAAGAAGGAAGACGAGGAUGACGAGGUCUUCCGCAACCAGUACAUUCCGCAGACGCUGGACCAAGUCUACGACAUUGAGCGUGAUGCCGAGCUCGUCAACGCCGGCGCUGGGUCUGACUUGCCCUACCAGGCUCUGCUUGCUGACAAGGUUAUCAAUAAUCCGUCGGAUGCAUCAGAUCAAGAUGCCGGUUCCGACGAUGGAAGCUCAGACUCGUCCGAGGUCGAUCAAAGCAUCUUUGAAAAGGGCCCAAGCCGUGGCAAGAAGCACAUUGACCAUGAAGAAAAGGUUGCCCACAAGAAGGCUGUUAAAGAAGAGAAGCGCGAAAAGCGAAAGGAAAAGAUGCCCAAGCACAUGAAGAAGAAACUCGUCAAUCAAGGCAGCCGCAAAAAAUGA